CAUUGUUUUGACAUUUGUUGCAUUUGCGCCUGUAAUGUAAAUAGUGGCAAAUCUGGUGGCAAAUAGUGGUUACAAUAUUAUAUUCUCUUUGUUUGCGCCCAAAUUAAAAAGAAUUUAUAAUACUAGGCUAAAUUUUACCAAUUUUGCCCAAAUUCCAUAUAAUUCUAAGCCUUCUUCUUUGGCCAAAGUCCAUUAAUUUCGAUUCUUUGAAUAAAAAUUAUAGUGUUUAUCUCUUCGAGUAGGAAAUAUUAAACUCCUUGAUAAAUAUCCAAAGCGGAAUCUAGGCAAGUGCUUAGAAUUAAUAAUAAAAGUAAUACAUACGCACUACAUACUUUAUUACAGGAAAUAUAAUCAAUAAAAAAUAUGAAGUCCGACGAUCCGGUGCCACUAGCCGGAGAUGUUAUUGGAAAUACUGCAUACAGUCAACGGUUUGUUUUAAAACAAUUACUUAAUUUAGCAAACGACACCUUAAAGGAUGAAACUGAAAGUAAAGCGUUUGAAGAAAAUCUCUGCACAUUGUGGGACAUGACUACAGAAAAAGAUGUUGCAUUAUUUUUACAUCAACAUAAUGCCUUAAAUCUUAUUCACUUUGCCUUACCAUUUGGUUCAACCAGGAUUAAAGAAAUACUUUUCGGUAUUAUUGGCAAUAUGUGUUGCCAGAAGCAAAUUGCAGCUGAUAUACUUAAAAUGGACAACUUGUUGCGGGAGUUAUUCGAUAGUUUAAAGACUGAUGAAACUACAAUAAUCAUACAGUUACUCCGCUUGAUGACAACAUGUCUAUGUAUGGCUGAAAGCGAUGAUCUAUCUGUUUGGAUGGACCUGUUCAUUGAAACUGAACAUUCCUCUGUACUAUACUGUUACCUUGAGUGUUCAGCUGAUAAAGAACUAUUAACUGGAGCUUUAGACCAUUUGAAUACUAUAUGUGGAUAUUUCAAUACUGAUAAAUACCGUGCACAUUUUUUUAAUCAUUUUGUAAAAGACAAAGCUCUGCAGUCAUUAGUAACAGCUUUUACAGAGAUUACACAAAGUCAUAUAAGUGACUGUGAAAUGCACGACUUGGAAAUGAUAUUGGUUAUAAGUCUAAACAUAGCUAUUAAUUUAGUUGGUUUUGAGAAUUCACUAGUAUUCUACAAAGACAACAUAGAAGAUAUUUUAACUAUAAUAAACCCCACACUUAAUUACUAUGUAAAUAAGUUGGUUGAUCAAAAAGAAAUAGAUACAGAUUUAAUCGACAUUGUAGACACAAUAAAUGCUAUAGUAAAGAUGUUAAAAUUAAGUACAACAAGUGAACCAGAGAAGUUUUUCAAUCAAAGUUUUAAAAUGUGGAAAACAGUAUGUCUAUUAACAGAAAGUGAAAGGAAUGGCAGUGAUUUUGAAGAAGAAAAUGUUGAGGAAAAGCACAAUCUUACAUUAAAACUAAAAGCUUCAUUAGGCACUUUAGUAUGUAUGUACAUUGCACAAUGUUCAGAAGAAAAUUUGAUAAAAGUGUCAGACAGCUUUGGAAAAUAUCAUGAGGAAAUGGUUAUGUCAUUAAAAGAUAAAGAACUAGUCACUGAAGUACUAAAAAGGGUGGAAAACUAUCAUACUAGGCUAAAAGAGACUCUGCAUUCAUAAUUUUUCUGCCCUAUGUAUGAACUACAUAGGUAAUUACUAAUUCCAUGUUUCAUUAUGUUUCUUUAUUGCACCUGUUGUUAGACUCUGCAUCAAAAAAUAUUUUACUGUGAUAGGUUAUACUUUUCACUGGAUCUUGCAGACAUUAUAUAGAUAUUUGAA